AAGAUGUGGUGCCUCCUCGUGCUGCUCUGCUCCCAAGGAAUUGCCUUUUCAGCAGGAUUCACAGCAGCCUCCACUGCAGGUGUUGGCACAAGCCGCUGCAAGAAGAGUCGCAACCCGGAAUGUUUCAUGAACGUUAGUGAAAUUAUCAGAUACCAUGGAUUCCCCAGCGAGGAAUAUGAAGUUCCGACGGAGGAUGGAUACAUUCUUGGUGUUUUCAGAAUUCCUUCUGGCAGGAACAGCCAAAAUACAGGGAAGAAGCCUGCAGUCUUGUUACAUCAUGGUAUUUUAUCAGAUUCUAUUCACUGGAUUGCCAACCUGCCCAACAACAGCUUGGGCUUCAUCCUUGCAGAUGCUGGCUAUGAUGUCUGGUUGGGAAACAGCCGAGGAGACACCUGGUCUUUAAAACAUAAGACCCUUAAGCCCUGCCAGAAAGAGUUCUGGCAGUUCAGCUUCGAUGAGAUAGGUAAAUAUGAUAUCCCAGCAGAGCUGAACUUCAUCAUGAAUAAAACUGGACAGAAGGAUGUUUACUAUAUUGGUCACUCUGAAGGAUCAGCUGCAGGCUACAUAGCACUUUCUACUUAUCCCGAUCUGACUCAGAAGAUUAAAGCAAUCUUUGCUUUGGCACCAGUGACCACUAUCACACAUUCUACCAGUCCUCUGGUAAUGAUUACACGGCUUCCCGAGAUACUGAUCAGGUUACUACUUGGCUGCAAAGGAGCUCUUCAACAAAAUGUGCUGAUGGAAGUACUUGCAACACGGUUCUGUGCGUGUCAGGGGAAAGUUUGUGGCAAUAUCUUCUGCUACCUAGUCGGGGGCAUGAUACAAAAUAUGAACACGAGUCGAACAGAUUCAUACAGUGGACACUACCCAGCCGGAACAUCAGUACAGAAUAUUAUUCAUUGGCAGCAGAUAAAACAUGCAGACCAAUUUCAAGCUUAUGACUACGGCUGUAAGGAAAACAUGAAGAAAUACAACCAGCAGAGAUCUAGGCCAGCCCAGAGCAGCGCCUCCUCAGAAACCCAGCGCACCUCCUCUGCUUUAGAGGAAGGCCCUCCUGUCCAGCAUGCCUCUUCCCAGGUAGAACAGCCCCACGUUGUUUUCUUCCUUACCCACAGCAUCCUCCACAACGUGCCAGCAUUUUUUCCCCUCAGUUAG